AUGAAUUCGAGAUGGGUGAUUCAGAAAGUGAGCUCUCACCUUCCUUCUUGCUUGUCCACCAUUUUGUGCCCUUCGAAAAUUCUAAUCCGGCAGAGCCCAAGUUACCAAGUCUCGACUUUUCUCCUCAACCAUGUCGAUAUGAGCCUUCUCUUAUCCAUCUGCGGAAGAGAAGGCUGGUUUCCUCAUCUGGGUCCUUCUCUCCACGCCUCCAUUGUCAAGAAUCCCGAGUUUUUCGAGCCUGUGGAUGCUGACAUCCAUCGAAACGCUCUUGUUGUUUGGAACUCUUUGCUCGCUUUGUAUGUCAGACGCGGGAAAUUAUCUGAUGCGCUCAAGUUGUUCGACGAAAUGCCUAUGACAGAUAACAUUUCGCAGAAUACAGUGUUUAAUGGGUUUCUGAAGAACAGAGAGAUCGAGUCUGGCUUUGUAUUGCUUAAACGAAUGGUUAGGUCAGGUGGGUUUGAUCAAGCAACCUUGACGAUUGUUUUAUCAGUGUGUGAUGUACCAGAGUUCUCUUUGGUGACCAAGAUGAUCCACGGUUUAGCAGUUUUAAGCGGUUAUGAGAAGGAAAUUUCCGUGGGGAACACAUUGGUCACAUCCUACUUCAAAUGUGGAUGUUCAGUUUCCGGGAGACGGGUUUUUGAUGAGAUGGUGCAGAGAAAUGUCAUCACUUGGACGGCUGUGAUUUCGGGACUGAUACAGAAUGAGUUACAUGAAGAUGGUCUAAGAUUGUUUAGUUUGAUGCGUAGCGGAUUAGUCCAUCCAAACUCAGUAACUUAUUUGAGUGCUCUAGCUGCUUGUUCAGGCUCACAGAGGAUAAUGGAAGGCCAACAGAUUCAUGCUCUUUUGUGGAAACUUGGGAUUGAUUCAGAACUGUGCAUCGAGAGUGUGCUGAUGGAUAUGUACUCGAAAUGUGGAGGCAUUGAAGAAGCGUGGAAGAUUUUUGAGUCCACAGAAGAGAUUGAUGAAGUUUCAAUGACUGUCAUGUUAGUUGGUUUAGCACAAAAUGGGUACGAGGAAGAAGCUAUACAGUUCUUCAUUAGAAUGCUUGAAGCUGGUGUGGAGAUUGAUGCAAAUGUAGUCUCAGCUGUUCUUGGAGUUUCGUUUGUGGAUAACUCUUUGAGUCUAGGCAAGCAACUGCAUUCUCUGGUUAUCAAACGAAGAUUCUCCGGCAACACCUUUGUUAACAAUGGACUCAUCAACAUGUACUCGAAAUGCGGAGACCUGACUGAUUCACUCAGCGUCUUUAGACGGAUGUCAAAAAGGAACUACGUCUCGUGGAACUCGAUGAUUGCAGCAUUUGCCCGCCAUGGUCACGGAUUAGCUGCCCUGGAACUAUACGAGGAAAUGAUAACGCUAGACGUGAAGCCCACAGAUGUUACCUUUUUGUCACUGCUCCAUGCUUGUAGCCAUGUAGGGUUGAUCGAUAAAGGCAGAGAGCUCUUAAACAUGAUGCAAGAUGUCCAUGUAAUUGAACCUAGGGCAGAGCAUUAUGCCUGUAUUGUUGACAUGUUGGGUCGAGCUGGUCGUCUACAAGAAGCCAUGGGCUUUAUAGACUCAUUGCCAACGAAACCUGACUGUCUAAUUUGGCAAGCGCUGCUUGGUGCUUGUAGUUUCCAUGGUGAUACAGAAGUAGGGAGGUAUGCAGCUGAACAACUGUUUCAGAUUGCACCUGAUAGCUCAGCAGCUCAUAUUCUCAUGGCCAACAUUUACUCAUCCAGAGGAAACUGGAAAGAGAGGGCAAAGAUGAUCAAGAGAAUGAAAGCAAUGGGAGUGGCUAAGGAAACAGGCAUGAAGGUUUCAGAUCUGAGAAGCGACACUUUCUCCAUUAUACAGAGGAAGGCAAAAAGGGCACAGCUCUCUCAUUUAGUUAAAGAGAGAAGUAGAGUGGAUCCACUCUCCAGCUCUUCACCGUACUCUAUACUCGGCGUUGAUCCAAGCUGCUCAUCUUCCGAGCUGAAGGCAGCUUUUCGUGCCAAAGUGAAACAAUACCAUCCUGAUGUGAACAGAGAGGGAAGCAGUUCUGAUAUAAUGAUCCGUCGCAUAAUCCAAGCAUAUGAGAUGUUAACAAGCUAUAGCCGAUCAGAGAUAAUUGAAGGAGAAUGCUUGGACCCUUUUGACCAUCCAGAAUGCGAGGCACUUGAUGUGUUUGUGAAUGAGGUCCUCUGUGUUGGAAAAAGAUGUUCGUACCCAUGUUUUAAAACAGCUCCUCAAGUCUUUUCAUGUGCUUCAACUGGAACAGCUCGAGCAAUGUCUCAAGGGAAUGACGAAGAUUACCGUGUACAAACUGCAGUAAACCAGUGCCCGAGAAACUGCAUACAUUACGUCACACCUUCACAGAGAAUUAUUCUAGAAGAGUUACUAGACAGUGUUUUGGACAAACCUUAUGAUUGUUCCGCGGAGGCAGAGUUGCUGUAUGCUCUUAUUGUCAAAGCUCAGUUUGAGAACAACCGGUACCAGAAGCCAAAGAAGAAACAACCUGAAUCCUCAACCAAACAUGUAGACUGGCUCUGA